UGCUGCUAUCAACUUCGAAAAAUCCAGUUCCAGUUUAUCCCCAGCAGGCAGCAUGUGCGGACGUUGUUGCUGCUUCCGCUGACUUUUCUUAUCGCGUUCGAUUUCGGACUCGCAUUUGCGUAUUUUCCACCUGAUCACCAAACACCGUUUCAGUUUUCCGGCUUAUCGCGUCUGAUAAUAGGGAAAUCGGAAAAAUCCGAUAUUUCCCAAACGAAUUUAACUUUCGAGCGGAGUGUAUACCGAAUACAAAUUAUUCAGUUAUAAUUUUAUUCAAAAGACAUCAUAAUCAUCAUUCGAUUUAAAGUGUGAAUAAAAAUGUUUAAAAAUAUAUAAUCAAAUCUCAAUUAAAAUACAAAUUCAACUGGCGUACUUCGACAUCAAGGCAAACGAGUUUCCCACGGUUUCGUAAAAUGCAUUUCGAGAUAUAAAUAAAAUACCGCCGAUUUAUAACGAGCGUGCUGAUCCAAAUCGCAGAAAAAAACACAAAAAUGGGCGACACUUUGGACGAGACUCCGCCCACGCGCCGCGACAAACCGCAAACGUUGAAAAUUGGCCAAGACGAGGAGGAGAAGAGGAGGGGUACCACUCCCACCCCCACUACCGCCCCAGUACCCUCUCCCGCCUCCUCCAUAGCCAUUCCCGCGUCGAGAAGUCCCCGAAAUCGGUUGCGUCACGCGGAUCGCGAUCAGAAGCGCGAUCACUCUAGUGAGGGUCUAGUCUCGAGCGAGAUCCGGCGGGAGGAGUUCGUCGGUCUUGAGCCUCAACCGCGUCGCGAAAGCCUCAAUAACUGCGAGGCCGGCAGUCCGGGGGCAUUCUCCAGCAGCUUUGGCAAGAUGGGACGUCUACCCGGCUCCAGGUACCCGUCCGGCGCGGCUGGCACUGGCAGCGGCGGCGGCGGAAUCGGCGUCAGCGUCCUGGGCACCGGCGGUCUGGGGGGCACCACCACCCGCAAGUGUGUUCUGACGCUGGACGGGUACUCCUAUGUUAUAGUUGCCAGCACGCCGGAGAGUUUGCCCAGCAAGCGGGACGAGAGCAGCGUUGGGUCGGGCACCGCCGGCGGAAGCGGAAGUGGUAGCGGUAGUAGUGGUGCCAUACCAGGCAGUGGUGCAGCGAGUGGAUUAACUGGAAGCGGACCUGGUGCUGGUUCUGGUACCGCUGCGGCAGUUGGUGGAGCAGGUGGCGGAGUUACUACUCCCGGACAAGAGGCAGCCAGUCCCACGGUCACCGAGUUUACAGGCAGCGGCUCAAAUGCGACAAUAAAUGGUCAAGUGGCAAGACACGGCUCACUGACGAUUAUACGCCGCACAAAUAGCCGUAACUUUACGCAAAUCGACUCCCAGCAGACCACCCAGCAGCAGCUAGCAUCCCCAUCAGCCACCGUUUCCAGCAGCAGCACCACCGCCACCACUGGGGUACCACUUCACGGCCAGACGCCGAUCAGCGAGCCACUUGCGGAUCGUUUGGGCUUCCGAUCUGGGAGCAACGGAUCAGCAGCGUCUGCCGGCCAUCAGGUGUCAUUCGCCGGUUCAGGACCGGGAGCAUCCGCCAGUGCCAGUGCCAUAGCCAUCGCCGCCGCCAAAAUGCAACCAUCAUCGCCGAAUGCCACCAACUAUAUACCCGACAAUAUUGGCAGCUCGUCGGCCAAUUUGUCGCAAUUGGAAAUGAAAUCGUGUCGCGAAUCGGCGGACGUUACAAAUACUACCAAUCAAUCGAUCAAUGCCGGUGCCGUGUGUACCUUCUCUCGGGGGGAGGCGGCCCUGCCCCAGGGCGAUUCGGGACACUCGGAGUCGCCCUCGAAUCUCUCGUUCAACGCCGGAAUAUGGGAAACGGAGAGUUUGCCGGCCGUCGAUACGCCAGAUGCCCUUAAUAAAGCGGCGGGAAGAAUACGCAGUCUUCUCCGCCGCAUGGAUCACGAGACCGUGGCCUACGAGGACAUGCAGCGCAAUCUGCAUUAUGCGGCUCGAGUUCUCGAGGCCGUCUUCAUUGACGAAUCAAGAAGCCCCACAUCAGGUAAAACAAAGUUGGGGCAGAUUGCGUCCUCAUCCGUUGAGAGCGAAGAAGAGGGCUGCAAUGGAAAUUGCAAGAAUCUGAAUUGCAGUCGCCAUAGCCACGGGAGGGAUGAUCAGCAGCAGGAUAACAAUAAUUCGAACAGCAGCUGCAGUCUGCAGAAGCCGGAGGAGAAGUCCGGAGAAGAGGUGGCCGCUGGAGGUGGAGCGCCGCCAGAGCCGGGAGACAAUCAGGAGGAGGGUGGAGGUCAAAUAGAGAGCCGCACCAAGGGCGUUUCGCUGGCACCUCAAACCCAUGGCGGACCCACUGGCCCGCCGCCUCCGGAGGCCCCAGCACCCACCCAAAGCUCCACCACCACGUCAGCCCCCACCAGCAAAUUACAGCCAGCUCUGGAAACUGUAAGGGAAUCAGUAAUGGAGGAGAGCUCGGCCAAAGAUGCGACUUUGAAACCUGCAACCACACCCUCAUCCACACCCACAACCACAGCCACUGGGACACCCACAUCCACAGCGGCGGCGGGAAGUGUUGUUGCCAGCAGUUGUAGCAGUAAUCCAGCAACCGUGCACCGGCAGCGCCGCCUGAGGACUCCCACCUGGGCCAGGUCCAUGUCGACGAACAAAACGCGCCUGGCGGACGAGGACGAUGAGCUGUCGGAGGUGCAGCCGGAUGCAGUGCCGCCGGAGGUGCGCGAGUGGCUGGCCUCGACCUUCACCCGCCAGAUGGCCACCAGCCGGCGCAAGAGCGAUGAGAAGCCCAAAUUCCGUUCGGUGGCCCACGCUAUCAGAGCGGGCAUCUUUGUGGACCGCAUGUACCGCCGGGUCUCCAGCUCGGCCCUUACGGCCUUCCCACCCGACGUGGUCAGGUUGCUCAAGAAUUUGGACGACUGGACUUUCGAUGUAUUUGCCCUGACGGAGGCGGCCAGUGGCCAGGUGGUUAAAUAUGUAGCUUACGAGUUAUUCAACAGGUAUGGAUCGAUUCACAAGUUCAAGAUAGCGCCCGGAACCCUAGAGGCGUUUCUCUACCGUGUGGAAGAGGGCUACUGCCGGUACAGGAAUCCGUAUCACAACAAUCUCCAUGCCGUGGACGUGAUGCAGACUAUCCACUAUUGCCUGUGCAACACCGGCCUGAUGAACUGGCUGACGGACCUCGAGAUCUUUGCCUCGCUGCUGGCCGCUCUGAUCCACGACUAUGAGCACACGGGCACCACCAACAACUUCCACGUAAUGUCCGGCUCGGAGACGGCACUCUUGUACAACGACCGAGCUGUUUUGGAGAACCAUCAUGCCAGCGCCACUUUCCGGCUCCUGCGCGAAGACGAAUACAACAUCCUGUCGCACCUGUCGCGCGAGGAGUUCCGCGAAAUGCGAGGGCUCAUCAUUGAGAUGGUCCUGGGCACCGACAUGACCAAUCACUUCCAGCAGAUGAAGGCCAUGCGCCAGCUGCUAACAAUGCAGGAAGUAUCUAUCGACAAGCAGAAGGCACUCUCGCUGGUUCUCCACUGCUGCGACAUCUCCCAUCCGGCCAAGCAAUGGGGUGUCCAUCAUCGCUGGACGAUGCUCCUGCUGGAGGAGUUCUUCCGCCAGGGCGAUCUCGAGAAAGAACUGGGCCUGCCCUUCAGCCCGCUGUGCGAUCGCAACAACACCCUGGUGGCCGAGUCGCAGAUCUGCUUUAUAGACUUUAUUGUGGAGCCGAGCAUGGGCGUACUCUCCGACAUGCUCGAGUACAUCCUGGCGCCGAUCGCCCCAAUUUCCAAAGGCAAGCCUGGUACCGUCGUGGAGCACGAGGUAGUCGGUCCUCCCGGCGCCUCUUUCGCCUCGUCUAGCGCCUCGAAAGGAAGUGAUCGGAGGGACGACAAGGCCGCGACCGAGUGCUCCACUACAGGUCCGUGCAUGGCCCGGAAGAGCCUCACCAGUAGCACCGCCAGCAAGUUCAGCAUCCCGAAGCCCUGGCUCGCUUGCCUCACCGAGAACAAAAAGAUUUGGAAGGAGCAGUCUGUCAAAGAUGCCGAGGCAAGGGCCCUGGCCACCGCAGCAGAGGAAGCUGCAGCCGCGGCUGCUGCGGCGGAAGCAGAGGAGAGCAAGCCGGCCGCGACGGAAACGGAAACUGCUGCUGACGGCAAUGGCGACGGCGGUCAAGGUGAGGAGGCAGCCGGAGCAGCCGGAGAGCCGGCAGAUGGCGCCACCUAAAUUGCACACCUAAAAGGCGAACAAAAAAUCACAGAAGGAGGAGACUUCGGAACGAAAAAGGAUUAGCACAGUGAAGAAGUCCACAGAUGGAGGAUUUCCAAACGGAUAAUAUUUACUAAGCUUAGAAGCAGCAUAGAUUAUGAUUAGAAAAUCGCUUCAGAUGCGCUCUCUAUGUGAAUUGUGGUAGAAUUAUACUUACGUACAUCAUCUAUUUAGGCUUAGUUGUGGAUCGGCAAGCGGGUCGUCAUUAAUAUCUAUAUAUAUAUAUAUAUAUGUAUAAAUACUGUAUACUUUGUUGUUGCAAGCAAAAAAAAAAAGGGAAAACUUAGGGAAAAACUAAGGCCAAGCACAAAAACAAACGAGUAAUGUUCCAGUUUUCGUAGAUGUAUGUAAAUAGCGAAGGAGUUCAACUGAAAUCUGUUGUGAAUUUGUUGGUUCGUUUCGAGCAUUUAUACUUAGACUUGAAUUGUACUUGUCUCUUAUUAUUAUUAGUUUUAGUCAAAUGUGGAAUUUAUAAUAUUGUUUUCGAUAAGUUCGAUGUAUCCAUUUUCGUUCUAAUUAAAUGCAUAUCUUUUUGUAACAGUUGCGGUUUAUUAUUUCAUUUUAUUAUUUCAUAAGCAUUCAAAUUGCUCAAAUGAGAGAGUUGUUGUUACUUAUUCGAUGGGAAGACAGCCUCAUUCGUAGCUGUCUAGAUAUUAAGAGUACCUAACUAAUAAAAUUGAAAUUAAAAUAGAAAAAAAAAGAAAACGAAACCAAAAAUUACCUGACAACCUAGCUGUACGACUUGUAUAUACUCUCUUUCUAUCUCUACUAUCCCCACUAACCACUAACAGACUUUCCCUCAAACCAAGACGAAAGCCAAGGAUUUCAAACAAUUUUUUCACACUCUACAAAAUGCACAUAGCUACCUAUACAACAAGGAUAUUUAAUAUGUAUUUUUAAGGAUAUAAUAGUCACGUCGUUUCUACAAAACAUAUUUAUUUUUAUACAUACGUGAGCGUGAUUCGAUGGAUGAUGGAUGGACGAACUAUGGGGAUGAUGAGGAGGAGUGCUUGUUGGAACGCAGAAUAUAUUGUUUACCUUUCGUUUCGGUUUUCCUUUUCUUUAACCAACUUGAAAUGUUUUCAAACGUUUUUCAAAAUGUCUGAUAGCGGGACCAUUCUUUUAAGAUUUACCACUGCUCUUUACUGAAUAGCAUCCGGAAUAGGUAUGGGAAAUCGAGAAAAUGGUAAAUGAAACACCUCCAAGACAGCGUCAAAGGGCAGUGGUAAAAGUGCUUAGCAGUAAGGUACCAAAUUAUCAGCUGAAAUUGGGAUCAUAGCUUUAUUAAGGUAGUCGAUAAAUAUACGAAAACGUGGUAACCGAACAUAUGCCGAAGUGUAUAGCGGAAGGACGUCUACUAGUAGCCACAAAUAAAUAAAUAACAAAUGGAAAAAUACAAAAAUAGAAACCGAGAUGACACUGCUAAAUAAUCUACUCCUAACCACAAUAUCUAUUAUGUGAAAGUAAAUAUAAGCCUAUGAAUAUGUAUGUUAAUGUAUAUCAAACUUGGACGCUCAAAGCGAUACGCAUAUAUAAUAUAUAUAUCUAUAUAUAUAUGGUAUAAAUAAAACCAAAUAUAUCGUAACCUCUCUCAUAACUCUGUACAAAGUCUUGGAUAACCUAGGAGUUGGCUGCUACUAAGCAGGACUUCAGCAAAAACCAACCAAACCAAAAAUUGUUAUUUAUCUUUGUUGAACAAAAUGAUGCAAACUACAGGCAAACUAAUCGAACAUAUAUGCAUACAUAUAUAUGAGGUUAACGAUUCAAUGUUAUUAGAAAAAUGUAGUUUAGUAGUAACAUAUACACAUACAUAAAAACAUAUAGAUAUAUAUAUAAUUCCAGCCAAUGCAAACUACAUAUUUCCUAACAACUUUCCGCUCAAACUUUGGGCCCCAACUUCUGACCUUGCCCUUAGCUGAUGGAACAAUACGGAAAAAUACACACAAAUGCAUGAAUAAAGUAUAUAAGUUGAAAGCAAUCAUUACAUUUAAUAAUAUUAACUACCCUUAAUACAAAAAAAAAACAAAUAAAUAAACAUUUUGUGUAAAUAAAACUUGCACAGGAUGCAAAAAAGAUGUAGAUUAUUAGAGAAGCGCACCCCGACUAAAAGUUAUAUUAAAUAGCCAACACAAAACCCAUCCCAACCAGAACCGAAAUCCUUGCAUAUUACUGAGAUCUGUAAAUAUCUUUGUUUCAUCUAUUCACUUUUUGACCAGUUACUUAUGAAAUUAUCGAUUAAGCAAAACUUAUUGUGUACUUUACUAGAUUUCGCCAAUCAAAGGCCUACUAAUGAAGCGUUUUUUAAUUUUCCUACUAUGUUUAACUCAACAUUUAAUAUGCAUUAAUUAACGGGCUGGUCAACAGAAAAUAAUACAAACAAAUAUUUGAGAAUAAAAGGAAUAUGGCUGAGAUGUAUGCUUAUUACGAAAUACUUUCAAGUAUAUUAUAAUAACACCAUAUGACUUUUAAUAUACUAAUAAAAAUUAUUAAACCUAA